CACCCCUUUUCUCCAACUUUACCUGCGAAUAAAGCAUCAAGUCCCUAGCAACAUGAAUGUUUGUAAAUAUUAAGUUUAAUGUGAUUUAUAAUAUAUCGUAAUUUAUGAUUAAAGAGCAGUUAUUCUGAGUGGUUCAUACCUGUAUGACCGUGAAACCUGACCGGUAUGUCCGGCCUGUUCUGUGCACUAGAAGAAUUUUGAGUGACAAUCCACAGGAAAUGCAUUUGCUGUGGAGUUUAGUUGUUCCCAUUACAUGUCUGACCGUUGUUUGUACUGGGGAAAAGUCUGUAAAUUUUUCGGAUGUUGACAUUCCCACAGAGCAUAUGCCAUUCUAUUUUAACAACUUCCCCGAUCUAGCAGAACAAUGUGCAAAUGAUGAAGACUGCCCAUAUAGGGAUAUUGCUAAGGAAAAGAAAUGUUGGGGAUAUGAGGACAUCUGUCCAAAAUCAAAAGCAUAUUCAAUUCCUGUGUGUAGUGGUGAUUACAAGGGUUGGGCAAAAUCAAGUGAAGAACAUGUUCAACGUUUCAAUAACCAAGCUGAUUUUGGAUACAUCAAAGAAAGGAAUCGAGAAAUGAAAAUAAUGUGCGAACCACUUUUCAAAGAUGACUCUUCGCUUGAAUGUGCCGAUCACUUGCGGUUUUGCAGAGGUAGAAAUAUUAUGUUUAAUUUCACUGACCUGAUUCAUAGGAAAGAACCUAUACGAUAUGCUAUGGAUGUCCUUAAAAACGGCCAGGUUGGGGGAUAUUGCAAGUUACACAAGAAACGUCUUCAAGAUCAAUGUGAUCAUUUAAGUGCAUUGCAAUCAUGGGGACCUGAGCUACGAAAUUUUGUUGAGAUGCCACAUAGGCCAGUAGAAAAUAAUGAAUGCGAUGUAAUUAUUGAGAAGCCUACAUUCAUUCUCAAGAUUGAUGCAACAGUUAACAUGUAUCACCAUUUCUGUGAUUUUUUCAACCUUUAUGCUGCACUGCAUUUAAAUGGUUCCCAUCCUGAGAUGUUUUCCCGUGAUGUCCACAUCCUGAUUUGGGAGAGUUAUUCAUACCUUUCAAACUUUGCUCCUGUUAUGGAAACUUUCACAAAGCACCCAGUGUGGGACCUAAAGACUUUUAGAGGAGAAACUGUUUGUUUUCGCAAUGUUGUCUUCCCCCUCUUGCCAAGGAUGAUUUUUGGACUUUUCUAUAACACCCCUGUUGUCCAUGGUUGUGAAAAAAGUGGGUUGUUUCAUGCCUUUUCAAAACACAUUCUCCACCGCAUGAAAAUCCCACAAUUCAAACGGAGGGAUGACAAAAUACGAAUUACAUUGCUUUCUCGUCAAACUAAGUACCGUCGCAUUCUUAAUGAAGAUGAACUUGUUACAAGGCUUGAAGAAAAUUCAAACUAUGAAGUACAAAGGGUGUACUACUCUCAUCAAAUGCCAUUCUCUGAGCAACUUGAGCUGACACACAACAGUGAUGUUUUCAUUGGAAUGCAUGGAUCAGGGUUAACACAUCUAUUGUUUCUUCCUGAUUGGGCUGCUGUAUUUGAGUUAUAUAACUGUGAGGAUGAAAAUUGCUACAUGGAUUUGGCACGCUUGAGAGGUGUCAAGUACUUGACAUGGGAAGAUUCAGAAAAAGUCCACCAGGAGGAUGAAGGUCAUCAUCCUCAGAUGGGAGCUCAUGCCAAGUUCACAAAUUACCGUUUUGAUGUGGAUGAAUUUGAAGCAAUUGUGAAAAAAGCAACAGACCAUGUUCAGGCACAUCCUGCAUUUAAAGAAUUUCUAUCUACCAGUCUAAAAUAUGGACAUCCCGCAACUCACAUUGAGCUGUAGCCUUACAUGAAAUUUUAUUUCAAUGCAGAAUUGACUGGGACUCAUUCUUUCUGUUGUGAGGUUUAGUUUUGCUUAGGAGUUUUCUGAUUGCUCUUUCAGAAACAGAAAGGGGAAAAAAAUACAUUGAUGGGAAAGCAUGCUUUCAGGCUCCAUGGUGGAAACAGGGAAACUUCAAGGUUGCCUGGUUAUUAUUUAUAUUUUGAUUGAGAUUAAUAAUUGUAUGUGAUAUGCUAGAUCUGUUAAAAUUCACUACAUUGUUGCUAUGGGUUGAAAGUGCUGAAUGUGUGCAGAUAGUUUGUGCACUUGGAUGCCUCAAAUUCAUGUUUUUGUGAAAUAAUUGGGCAUUAUCAUAUUUAGAGUAUGAAUUGUUUAAUAAGACUGACAUUUUGUGCUUACAGUAUUUUUGAUUAUUGGCAUUCAUUAUGCUUCAUAUUAUAUGCUAUUUUAUCAAAGCAACUUAGUAAAUGUGGUGCCUGUGAUUUAUGUUCUCAGUACUUUGAGAGCCAGUGACUUGAAUCUCAACUCUCUCUUAUUAAGUUCAUGUUUGCCUUUGAUUGAUGAGUAAGAACAGUAUGAAUAACAAUCACAAACUUAUCUCCA